CUUCACUCUCUCUCUCUCUCUCUCUCUCUCUCAUGGAUUGGCCGGAGAAAUUCUUUUUUGUAGCAAUUCUGGUUUUGUUUGUAGCCAUUGAUGCAGCUCAGGCAAAUACAAUGGUGAGUGGCACCGUCUUCUGUGACCAAUGCAAAGAUGGUGAAAGAUCCCUCUUUGAUUACCCCAUCUAUGGAGUAAAAGUACAAGUGGCAUGUAGUGACAGUAAUGGGCAAAUCACAAUGUCAAGGGAAGAGACUACAAAUUGGUUUGGAAACUAUGCCAUCGGGUUUGAUGGGACACCAGAUUUGAGCGGCUGUUAUGCUCAGAUUUCUUCAAGCACAGGGAGUGGCUGUGUGGUUAGUGCUGGUCCUGCUCAAAGUCUUAGACUUGUGUUUAGAAUGUUUGACGUGGGGAUGUAUGUUGUGGACUCUUUGCUCACUCAGCCUGCUCAACCCAUGUCAUUUUGCCCCAAGUCAUCUAAUCCUGUGCCUGCACCGGUAACACCGGUUAACCCUCUACCUAAACCAGUGACGCCGGCAAGCCCUCCGCCUUUUAGGCUCCCCCCAAUGCCUCGAUUGCCUCCACUGCCACCACUGCCCUCGUUGCCUCCAAUGCCGCCGAUGCCCUUCUUAGAAGCUACAGCAUGCCCACAUCAACAGUGGACACUACCAGAGCACAAAUGCUACUGGAGGGCAGUGAACCCGAACACAAAGGUAGCCGUUAUUUUUGGACCGGUGGCGGCUGGGAGAUAUGGGACUGACCUCACAUUGUGGCAAGGCCUACAAGGAAGAGGAGACCCUUAUAGGACACUCCUAAGGGAAGGGAUCACUGCAUUUCUCAACUCCUACAACAGCCUUCAAUUUCCUUACAAUUCGAUUGUUGUGGUUCAGCAUUUGAAUUGGGGCUUGAUGGGCUCCAACAGAAAUGUCCUCCUUACAGGAUUGAGGUUCAUUAGGGCUAAUUCAGGUUAUGGGAAAGUCCCUUGCAAAUUUACUGCUUGCAAGUGAUUUGUGUUUAAGCUUGCUUCUAUGUUUAUCUUAGGCUACAAUUAUGUAUUUUCAUUUUAGAGAGAGGGAGGCCGAGAGUUGAACUCUGCUUAUUAUGAGUAUACAGUUAAAGUGCUCUGCCAUUGAAGCUAUAAGCUCUUGCGUAAUAUAAUAUGUACAAUACAUUUUUAUGUAUUGUAUUUUAACAGUA